CUCAAGAUGACGACAGAUAUUGGAGAUGGCACUGACUCCGAGUACAAAGCAAAGCUGGCGGAGCUGCUAGAUCAGCUGAAUGGAGUGACGAAGCGAGGCACACGGGCCCAAGUAGCCAAGACCCACAACAAACUGGCGCACCAUUAUGUGGCUGGUCGAGAUCACGAAAUGGCCAUCGAACAAUUUGAGCGAGAACUGGACAUUCGCAAGGAGUCGGGGGAACCCGUGGCCCAAGAGGCGUGCUUCAACAACAUCGGCAGCAUGUACUACGAAAGUGGUCGCAUGGAUCUGGCCAUCGCGUGGUUCACAGAAGCGCUGACGCUGGCCACCACCAGAGCAAACUCACGGGCCGUGAGCCUCGCCCACGUCAACCUAGCCCUCGCCCAUCAACGCUCCAAGCAGUUUGUGCAAUCUGGUCAUUUCGCUUCGUUGGUCGUCGACUCCCAGGAAUCGGACAAGCCCAUCCUCGUCUCGGCCUUGACUAUUCUUGCGGCGGCGGAACAACAUCGCAAAGAGCUAGGCAAAGCCAUCGCCCAUGCCACCACGGCCCUUGAGGUAGCGGAAGAUGUACAAGAUGCGCAUUUACUCGAAUGUUGUCUCAACAAUCUCGCGGCAUAUGUCUUCGAAAGCAAGGACUAUGGCCAUGCGUACACCAUCUACGAGCGUUGCUUGGCUGUCGCAUCUGUGCCCAAGCACCAAGCCGCAGCCUUGUAUCACAUGGGCGUAUGCGCCGCCGAACAAAAUCACGUGCAAGUAGCCGACGCACAUUUCACUCGAGCCAUCGACGUGGCCAACAGCUGCAACGCCCCCGCUCUCGUUGCCCUGGCCCAGGGGUGCCUUGGCAUGUUGUGUUUUUUUCGUGAAAACCUGUACGACGCCCACGCGGAGCUUGUCAUGGCGCUGCAGACGGCCCGGUUUGCGAGGAGUCCAGUCGCGGAAGCCAACAUCGCCACUGGACUCGGCACGGUGAGCGUCAUGGAGUCCAAGUUUGACGAGUCGGCGACGUAUUUCGAGUCGGAUUUGGCCAUCGCGACGACCCACGACGACAAGUACGGGCAACUGCGGGCGCACUGCAAUUUGGGGAUCAACUACCUCCUCUCGGGGGAUUCCAGUCAUGCGAUGCACCACUUUCGAUCGAAUUUGGUACUGGUGGCAUUGUGUGUUAUACUAAUAAGUAUGUUAUUACGAGUAGAAGAUUGCGACGGUGCUCGGCAACAAGAAGGAACAAGCGUUGGCAUAUUUUGGCAUGGGCAGCGCGGCCACAGAAAUGAAACGCCAUGGCAUUGCAAUGGAGUCGACGGACGAGCCGUUGCAACUGUUCCUUCGGCAGAAAAAGUACGCCGUGGACGUCGGCGACAAGCGCCUCCAAGCUAUGGCCAGCAAAGCGAUGGUCAACUUGUACGACAAGCAAGGCGCGUAUGAAAUGGCCCUGGCCGAAUGCGAACACCUGAUGGCAGCGGCGGAUGCCGUGGGGGACGUCCCUCUCAUGGCCGAGAGCUACGCCACCAUGGCGAGCCUGCUGUCGUCGCAACUGGCGCUCCUCAUGCAGCGCGGCGGCAGUCGGUUCCAAGACACGAUCAACCAGCUCACUCAAAAACGAGACGACGUGUGCGCCAAGUACAAGGUGCUGUACGACACGGGCAAACUCCACCCGUCACUUCGUCGCCAAGAUGUCGAUCGCGUCGUGCUAUUGCCGUGGGAGUAGAACAGUCAAUGAGUAGAAUGGUCACCAAUAGCAAUACAUGAAACACCCAUAUCCAGUG